AUGUCGUACGACUCAUGGCAGAGUCCGCUGGGGGCGCGUUAUGCCAGUAAGGAAAUGCUCACAUUGUUCUCACCGCGCACUCGUUCAGAAAACUGGCGUCAACUAUGGAUCUGGUUGGCCGAGGGUGAACAAGAGCUUGGGCUCGACAUCUCGGACGAGGCAAUCAGCCAGAUGAAGGCGGCCAAGGUCAUGACCGACGAAGAUUUCCAAGUCGCUGCGGUCGAGGAGAAAAGGCGGCGCCACGAUGUCAUGGCCCAUGUCCAUGCAUAUGGCCAACGGGCACCAGCGGCCGCGGGCAUCAUUCACUUGGGCGCUACCUCGUGCUAUGUGACCGACAACGGAGACCUGUUGUCAUUGAGAGAGGGAUUGUCUCUUCUCCUGCCUAAAAUUGCCAGAUGUAUCCAGAAGCUGUCGGACUUUGCGAUCGAGUACAAGGCUCUCCCCUGCCUAGGAUUUACACAUGGCCAACCGGCACAGCCAAUCACCGUCGGGCGACGCGCUAUUCAAUGGAUUGAAUCCCUUCUGAUGGAUUUGAGGAACAUCGAACGCGCUAGGUCCGAUAUCCGCUUCAGGGGAGUCAAAGGAACCACGGGAACCCAGGCGUCCUUCCUGGAACUGUUCCACGGAAACCAUGAAAAGGUCAAAAAACUUGACGAGCUCGUCACCGAAAAGGCCGGCUUUAGUAGAAGAUCCAUCGUCUCCGUGCAGACCUACAACCGCAAGAUCGAUUUCGACAUUGCCAACGCUCUGGCGUCGUUCGGGACAACGUGCGAGCAUAUUGGUACAGACAUCCGUCAUCUUGCCAUGCUGAAAGAAGUGGAAGAGCCUUUCGAAAAAGACCAAAUCGGCUCUUCUGCCAUGGCCUACAAGCGAAAUCCCAUGCGCUCAGAACGUAUGUGCUCGCUUGGCCGAAAGCUAACCUUCCUCCCGCUCGGCUUCGGAGCGACGUAUGCUCACCAGUGGUUUGAACGAUCAUUGGACGACUCGGCCAUUCGACGAAUAGAUAUCCCAGAAAUGUUUUUGAUCGCCGACGCAUUGUGCAUCCUCCUCGAAAACGUUUCUUCAGGCUUGGUUGUCUAUCCGGCGGUUAUCAACAGCCGCUUGCAGCAAGAAUUGCCAUUUAUGGCGACUGAGACGAUGAUUAUGCGUAUGUGUGAGAAGGGUGCCAGCAGGCAAGAGACUCAUGAGCAAAUUCGAGUGUUGUCGCACCAGGCCGGGGCUGUUGUUAAACAGGAGGGCAAGCCGAAUGACUUGGUUGAGCGGGUCAGAAAAGAAAAGUUUUUCGAACCCAUCUGGAAUGAAUUGACCGAGGAGGACUUGCUGAAUCCUGCCAAGUUCGUAGGCAGAUCUGCUCAACAAGUGGACGAAUUUGUCCAAGAGGAGGUACAGCCGGCUUUGGUAUCUUACAAGGAAGAGAUUCAGUCUGCCGGGGCCGCUGAGAUCCAUGUUUGA